AUGAGCUGCUAUGUUAAUAUUCCUUGGGUGCUGAUCGGUGAUUUGAAUUUUACUAUGCAUGAUUCUGAAACUCAUAGUUCUGUUAAUCGGCCUCAUCAUGCUAGACAUGUUAGGAAUUUUGUUCAACAACUUGGGCUUGUUGAUUUGGGUUACUCUGGUUCUGAUACUACUUGGUCUAAUCAUAUACAAGGAAAUGAACAUGUCUCUGUUCGACUUGAUAGGGCUUUAGUAAACAAUCUGUGGAUUAAUAAUUAUACUGCAUCUUAUCUUCAGCAUUUAGUACCUAUUGCAUCUGAUCAUAGUCCAAUCAUCUUAAAUACCGUUUCAACCUUCAAUCGGCAGUCUCCUUUUAAAUUAUACAAAUGGUGGUUCCAAAUUCCUUCUUGCAACACAACUAUAAAUCAGAUUUGGAAUCACAAUUUUUUGGGUUCGCCUUUGUAUCAAUUUUCAAGUAAGCUCAAGUAUAUCAAAACUGAACUUCAACAAUGGAAAAAACUACAUUUUGGUAAUAUUGAAGCAAAUCUGCAUCAAAUUCAGACUCAACUUCAACUGUGUUAUGAUAACAAUCUGCCUGCUACUCAUCCUCGUACUCGGUAUCUCACUAAUAGUUUGCAGACUUGGUUGUCCAUUCAGAAGGAAUAUUUUAUGCAGCAAUCUAGUGAUAAAUUCCUUGAAGCAGACAUGAACACUUCUUAUUUUCAUUCUAUGGCAAAUUUUAAUAAGCGAAGAUCUCAUAUUCAUGCUAUUCAAGGGCCUUUGGGUUUACGGUAUAAUUCUAAAAAAGAUAUUGAAGAUAUUUUUUUGGCUCACUAUUCUUCAAUAACUAACACUUUUGUGCCUCAACAUCAACCAGAUAUUUUGCAGUUGUUUACACCUUGCAUUUCAGAUUCAGAAAAUCAAGAUUUAAUUCGUCUUCCAGAUGCUGAUGAAAUUAAGGAAGUGGUAUUCAACAUCAGGCCAUGGGCUUCUCCAGGAAACGAUGGUUUUCAAGCGGCUUUUUAUCAAAAGUGCUGGGAUACAGUUGGUUCAGAGAAAUUCUAUGUCCUCAUAGAUCUUUGGAUGCUUGGGACACUGGAAUGCUUUGGAGUUGGAGUUGGUUUUGAAAGUGGGAAUUUGGUGCGACAUGGUACAUCAGAAAUGGAUGAACUGAUGGUGCAAUCGUAG